CCAGUCCAUCAACAGCCAAAUACCUUCACAAACCUCACUCACUCCUCACCAUUGAAGACCGGAGAACCUCCCGCCUCCUCGAUCCCUCGAAUAACCACAACCCCAAUCCCACCACCCUCCACAACCACAAUCUCAUCCACCUCAAAAAUGAGCAGCUACUUCCGCAUCACCCUCAUGCGCUCAGCAAUCGGUCUCCCACGCCGCACGCACGACGUCCUCAAAGCCCUCGGAUUGAAGAAGCGCAUGGCCACCGUCUUCCACCCCGUGUCGCCGUCCGUCGCCGGUAACAUUAUGAAAGUCAAGGAGCUGGUGCAGGUGCAGGAGGUGGAUCGUCGGCUGACGAAGCAAGAGGUGCAUUUGGAGCGCAAGCCUGAUCCGGGAUACUAUGUUGAGAAGAGGGCGUUUUAUGAGAUGAGGGAGGGGAGACGUGGUUGAGAGAGAGAUAUAUACCGUUGACCUCUGUCUGAGUUGUGCUGUGCUGUGCUGGGGGGCUCUGUGAUGCCUGGUUUUCGACUACGCGUGGUUAUAUUAUUGGUUUUUGGUUUUUAAAUUUGCGAUUGGAGUCGGGGUUUAUGUUGAUUUGGUCGAUUAUCAGGCAGUGCAUGGUAGGAUGUGCAGAGCAGGGCAAAGCAGGGCAUGGCACGCUGAGAAAUGUUGAGUGGUGAUUCGUAUAGUGGCCGGCCUAUGCUGUUAUGGGUCUGUUUUAUAUGCGAAAGGGGAAGGGAUCCCGAAGAAUGAGAGUUCUUGUUGAAGUGAUUCGAGGCUUCUUUGCAUCCAGCGGUUGUCUUUUCGUUUGUUGGUAACCAGCCCCGAUACGAUUGCGGUUUGUCGGGCUGGAUCGGCUUUGCAUUGUACUAUACUAUACAUACACUGUCAUAUUAUGGAAUGGGAUCUACAUCUCCAGGAUUCAUGUCUGGAAU